AGAUCUCUAGAUCUAGAUUCAAUUUAUUGGCAGUUGUCAGUUGUGUCGUCGCUGUGCUCGCAAGCGACAGCUCUGCAGCCUUUUUUCUCAACUGGCAAAGGAAUUUUCCCUGAGAUACGCCUUCGGCCUUACGAUUCCACGAUAUAACUCUAGAUAUACAUCUAAAUCUAGAUUCUAACCUCUUACAGACUCUUCUAGGGCUAGAAUCUAGGCCUACUACUACUAGAUUCUAGUACUAGAUCUAGUACUAUUGUACUAUUACUACUACUACUAAAACUUACCUAGAGUACUGUCCAGGCCGUGAUCAGAUUACUUCAAUUAUUCUACAAAUAUAAAUAAACGGAGUGUCUACGUACAUGGUAACCGGGCACUCACCUAGUCUUAGUAUCUACACGUACACGGUAACCGGGCACCUACUAGCCUAGUCUCACCUAGAGUCUAAGUAUCUACGUACACGGUAACCGGGCACCUAGUCUCAGUGUCUACGUACACGGUAACAGGGCACCUAGUCUCAGUAUCUUCAAUUAUUCUACAAAUAUAAAUAAAUUCUACUUCUAGGUAUCUAGAUUUAUCAUGGCAGAAACACAACAAAGCACAAAUUUAGAAAAACCACCACCAGGUGUUGUUGAGCGCUACUUCAAAAAACAUUUCAGAAUCGAUUUGAAAGGCAAGAAAUAUGAAGAUCAGGUUGUGUUAACUCACUCCAACAGAGUUUGUGUAGUAUGCAUUGCUGAGUCACAUCCCAUUUGCAGUGAGAAGAAAGAAGUCAUCAAAGUGGACUUUGAAGUUAAGGGUUCCAAUCGAAUGGAUAACAAAAUGUCUGGAAAAGCGAAAAGGGGCGCCCAAUGGCUUGGUCCAACAGCUGUGCUGUGUGAGGUAACAUGUAGUGAUGAAUCAAAGUACACACUCUACUGCUGUGUCAAGGGUCAGCUUGUCGAAGUCAAUGAAAAUCUUAUCACAAAGCCCUGUCUUCUCACAGAGAAGCCUCUUGGCGCAGGAUAUUUAGCAGUCAUGCUCCCUGGAUUGAAACAUUUUGACAAAGAAAUUGCCCAACUGAUGUGUGAGGAGAAGUACAAGAAAGCCCUUGAAGAACGCUCAACAAAUGUGUCCUGACAAAAGCCCCUCUUCCCUGAUCAUCAGUUCAUUGUACUAUUGACCAGUAUGCCUUCAUCUGUGAUGAUAAUAUAGUGACCAUUUUGACAUUAAACCUUUUUUGUUUGUAUCUUC